CUUUCUUCCACCUGAAUCAUAAUGGCGGGCCGCUCAGGAAGAUCUUUUCGUGGUUAGGAGGUUCCUUUGUUUUGUAUUCGUCGGUCUUGCUACCGGUGCUUAACCCAGAAACAGCACAUGGAAUGUCUGGUCAAGUGACCAGACAUAUUUGGAGGGGCCAUCUUAUUUCGAGCUCGUUUAAUUCCCAGAAUGCACGAAGCGACCACCAGGAAUAGCUCUACUGCAUGGCACAAACACGCCUGUGCCCGUAUGCGCGCAUGCUGUCCAUCCCUCAAGCGCAGUCGCCGGUCCAAAAUUUAACACUCGGCAUGCAUAAGAUCAUGUUUCCUUUGCAACAUGUUUAGCAAGGCUGCUAACCACAUUCCUCCACUGGGACCCGGCAUUUCAGCUUUUCAUCCACUGCACCUUGCAGGACAUCAUGUUUAUCUUUUCUUCCACUUUGAGCUUUAUGCUCGCAUGCAUCUUGCACGUUGCGGCGGCCCCUCAUCCCGCACCUCCUGGAAUACGUCGGGCGGAUGUCUCAGUUGUCACUCAGAUGACGUCUACCCAGCUGGCUGAUUUGGCGCCAUAUACUGAAUUUGCUCGUGCUGCUUACUGUUCGCCCACCAUCGUAACUGGCUGGCAAUGUGGUCAAGCUUGCGAGGCGGUGCCUGGGUUUGAGGUUUCUCUCACAGGGGGUGACGACGACAAUAUCCAAUAUUACUACGUUGGUUACUGGCCGACAGAAAAUACCGUGGUAGUUGCUCAUGAAGGUACAGAUCCAACCCAACUCCUAUCUGAUCUCACUGAUGCCGAUGUAUUGAUGGAACCCCUGGACCCCACGCUUUUCCCCGGUGUCAAUAGCAGCGUUGAGGUUCACAGUGGAUUUGCCAACGAGCACGCGCUAACUGCGAGUAUCAUCUUGAAGGAGGUGAAGAGCCUGAUCUCUCAGUAUAACGCCAACAGUGUCACAUUGGUCGGACACUCCCUGGGAGGCGCCCUUGCGGAGCUUGAUUGUGUGUUUAUGGCCUUGAACCUUCCCUCUAGCAUCGCCAUCAAGGGUGUGACAUAUGGUACACCCCGCGUAGGAAAUCCAGCAUGGGCCGCUCUAUUCGAUUCCCUUAUAUCGGACUUCCAACGGACUAACAAUAUGAAGGACAUUAUUCCGAUCGUCCCGGGGCGCUUCAUGGGCUUCUCACAUGUCCAGGGAGAGGUCCACAUUAUAUCUGAUGGAUAUGCAGUCGAGUGCCCAGGCAAUGACGAUGCCACGGAUGCUCUGUGCACAAUACGCAGUGUGCCCAACAUCCUUGCGGGCGAUAUCUUGAACCACUUGGGUCCAUACCAGGGGAUUUAUAUCGGCACAAUCUUUUGCACAUGAUUGACAUGGACUAUUAUAUUGACAUGGACUUGUAUUAUAUCGGCUGAAUGGGAUAUGUAUUGAUUGGUCUUUAUGAAUCAAACAUGAAUGACCGCAAGCAUGG